AUGUUUGACGGCACGAAAGGGUGUUCUUCCAUCGACCACGCGGGCUCACUCGUGACGCUUUGCAAUACCGAAAGCUAUCAAUCCAUCUGCGUCGACGACCACAAUGGAAACAUCAACUGCAACAUGACAAUGGGCAGCACAACCUGCAUCGACGGAGAUCUUCCGCACUUCUUCUUAUCCUACGGUUCCAUCGCAUGGCUUAGUAAUAUCAUUGGCUUUUACACCUGGCUCUGCAUCAUGUCCGGCAAUACACCCCUGAAUCCGAACCGGAAACUCAAACACAAGACACUCGUCUGUCUCGGAAGCCUCGCAUAUGCCAUCUUCUUGGUAGCCAACGCGGUCACUAAGGUCCCCAAGAUGAAGAACGGAAAUCUCAAACUCAUUGCGACUGGACACGUCGUUAUUACAGUCAUUGCGCAGGGAGCCGUUCUUUGUCUGAUGAAGAGGAACGCUAUUGAUGAUACGGAGGACAGGAAGAACAAGGAAGAAGGUCAAGCCGAUAAAGAUGAACUCAUCGCAACUGUGCCAACAGCCGCUAAGGACAGUGCUGCCCCUCGUCCCUCGGCAGAGUCCGCACCGUCAACCACUUCAACAAGCACAGCUGUACCAACGCAAGAAAAGACUGGCUUCUUGAAAAGCUUCACAAGCAAAAUCACAGGAGUACAGACAACCAAAGAAGUCUCGGCAACUGGAGAUACCGGCACAGACACUCCAGAGAAGGAGAAUACAGCAGCAGAGGGACUCGCGAGUAUGGUGACGGGCCUCGAACCCUUGUCACUCGGCCAUCAGAUCAUGUUGAUUGGUGCCGUCCGUAUUGUACAGCGCAUCUUUGUUGACCGAACGAACAACGAAACCAAGCAGCAGCGCGAAACCUGGGACUCUUCCAUUCUCUUCAAUGUUGUUUACGGCUUGAUUCUCAUCAUCAACGUCGUCGGCAUCCUCAAGUAUCUUUCCCAGAGUUCCACGAAGUCUCAGGACGAAGAAAACGUUAACAGCCAGGAAAGAGAGAAGAGGCGCGCCGCUGAAGCAAAGAAAGCGAGGGCAACAGCUUUCUUUGCUGCAGGAAUGUUGGCUGGGCUUGCCAGCGACUGGUGUCAAUCUCUCGUUCCUCCUGCAGUUGCCAUGGACAACCACGGCCUCGGACAUCUCGGAAAAAUAUCGAAUCUCAGUCUUGUUGUCUUGAUUUCGUCAAAAUUGUUUGUGUUUGCUUGCUAG